CCACACUUGUGAUUAGACCGAGAUGAACAGUGCUUUCUGUUAUUCGUUCCUCUCGAAAUGCAAGAACGCUCGCCAUUCGAAGCACCUUCACAACACCUGCGGUCAUAUUGUUCUUCUCCCACCGUUUGCCCUCAAAACCGCCUAGCGCAUGCCACCUUAUUAGUACAAAUACAGCGGUGCUUUUCCCAAGGCAUCAAUUUCAUGAUCUACCUACCUUCCACUUUCACAUCUUUAUAGCUGGGCUCAACCAUAUAUCGACACAAGUUGAUAUCUCAACCUAGAUUCCUUCCCACUAGAUUUCCAACCCGUUCGCAUAUAUCGGAAGUCGCAACCACAUGUCAUAAUCUCUGAGCCUGGCCAGCAACUCUCCAAUUUCCUUCCCGUCGAGCAAAUCACAACCGCCCGUCACUACGCGAGCCGAGGUCCUCCUUUUCAAUAACCCAACACAGAACUGACCCAGGCCUCACCAUAUCUCAACGAACGACACCAAUAACAUCUCCUUGCCCAAAAUGCAAAACGUCCCUUACACACUCUCUCACGGGUCCCUCAUCCGCGAGUCCGUAACCCGCGCCGCCCCCUACGACACCCGCCCGCCUUCCCCUCCCACAGUCGACAUCCCCGCCACGCGCGCUGUAGGCCGUAACUCCGUCCUCAUCGCCCCUUCCCCGCGCAACCUCGACCCCGCCCUGUUUGAUCUCAACUCAGAUUACGCUUCAGUCAUCACCCAUGGCCUGCGUCCACAGGAAGCGCUUGACCACGCUUCAGACUGGGAAUACGCGGCCCGCCGCAGUGCCCAGAAGAUCAUCGACCCUUCGCUUUACUUGGGUCCGUUGAGCGUGGUGAGGGACAGGGAGUUCAUGAAGGGAGAAGGGGUGACGAUGGUGGUGGUGGUUAGGGAUCGGAUUAUGGGACUUGGACUUGGGGGAGGACAUCAACAACAUCAACAACAUCAACAACAGAGGACAGACGGGCAAGGGGUUCCGGCUGUUCCUACGCUGGGACCGGCAGCCAAAAAGGUUACUGAGGAACUUGGGAUUCAAGUGGAGGCGGUGGGGGUUGGUGGGUUGCAAGGGCUUAUCAGGGAGUUUCCGAAGUUGAACGAGACGAUUGUGAGGCACUUGGUCGCAGUACACAAGAGGAGUCUUGGUGCCCAGCAGGGAAAAGUGCUGGUGUGUUGCGAGACAGGGAAUGAUCGGUCGGCAGCGGUGGUGGUGGCUUACCUGGUUGAGGUUUGGGGCGUGGGCUUGCUUGAGGCGCUUAGGUUCGUGCUGUGCAGACGGUUUUGCGUGGCGUGGGAUGACGAUACGAGGAGGUAUCUCAAGAACUAUGAGGAUAUCUUGAUGGCGAAGAGGGCGCGUUGGCAGGAUCAGAAGGCCAAUGAUAGGGACGCCGCCGCUGCUGCGGAUGAGAGCAGGAUGAACAAGUUGAAGAGACAAUUGGCGAGUGUCGGCUUCGAUGAUGAUAGUGACGAUGAAGAUGAGGAGAUGUGGGGCAACUACAAGGGCGCCAGCUCGUCGUCUGAAGAGACAAUCCAUCAAGCGCGGGGGAGGAACUUUGCACCCUUUCUGGAUCUGCCUCCCCGUGGGGCGGAACACAGAAACAACGAAGGAGAAAACAGGCCAAGCUAGCCUAUGGCUUUGAGCGUCAUUUGUUACAAUAAUUAUCAGCAACCGCAAGCAGCUGAUACGAGGUGUCGACCGAAGAUGCCAUGUCACGAUCCAGAAGCGAGAGGUUGAAUUGUUCUAGAGCUGAGGCGAGAGAAAAGUACGUUAUUUGCUCCUGGUCCUUGCUGCUAUCAGUUUGGCGUAUUCAAGCCUUGCGAAGAAAAUCCAAACACUUCAUACCCAAAGGGGGCAUUGUGUCCGCAUUCAGUACGAAGGGUUGAGGUUGUGAAAAAUUCAACAUUAGGUUUCGUUUCGCCAGAAAUCUCCAAAUUCACAUCAUGGCCGAUCUCCAAAUAUUCUCCAAAUUAAUAUGUGACCGUUACUCGUCGGUUCCCCAGCAAGUCUGUCAAGCAUAUGCCCCUCGGAGCAGAACUUACAUACCCCCAC